AUGAAUGCAAAUAUCAAGAGCCAUUUAAACAAUUUGAAAAUUAAUGUGUUGGAUGAUUGGGUGGAUCAGUGUGUUCAAUUUAUCGGGAUUGAAGAACCUCAUCUACGAUCCAAUAUCAAUGGUAUGAAAGAAGCAGUUUAUCAACAAUUUUUAUGUUCCGAUUAUGAUCAGUGUGCUAUGAAACCUUCCCCAAACUUUAAAUUAUUUUCCAAUAUUGAAGAACAACAUGGUCAGAUAUUGAAUGGUCCUUUUGUUUUACAAAUUAAUGAUAUUUGGGAUAUUGGUAUACCAACAACUGAACAAAUUGAUAUGAAGGAAUUAGUACCACAAAAUAAUGAAGAUGUUGAAGAAGGAGAAGCCCUGUUUACUGAUGCUCUUCAAACAGAAAUUGUUGGAUCUAAAGGAAAACGAGAUUAUACCAAUUCAUCAUAUAGUAGAAGAAUGUUGAAAUUUACUUUGAGUGAUGGACAUGUAAAUAAUAUUCAAGCUGUAGAAUAUAAACCACUUGAUAGCCUUUCUCUGAAAACUCCACUUGGAUGUAAGAUUAAAUUAACAAAGGUUUUAGUGAGGAGAGGUAUUUUACUUUUAAUUCCAGAAUGCAUCUCAAUUCUUGGUGGAAGUGUAGAAGAAAUGAUUGAGGCAAAGAAAGUAUUCAAGACUAAUUUAGCAGCUAAAAGAAGUGGAAAGUUGGAUUUAAAGGAGAAAAUAGAAGAGAAUAUUGCACGCCAUCAAAAUCAGCAAAAUGUGGCAAGAAAUAACACAAGUGUCAUAAAUCAAGCACCUGUCUCUAAUGUUAAACAAGAAGAGGAAGAAUUAAUGAUGUUUGAUGAUGAUGAAAAUAUCAUUGAGGAAUAUGAUGAAGAAGAAAGUUACAAUUCAGACACUAAAAGAACAAAGAGAUAA